UCUGUUAUCGCCUGUCGGUUUGUACCUUUUCUUUCUCUCUCGAGCACUUCUGCCUUGGAGAAUGGAAAAAGGAUGAAUUAGGAGAAGAACAUGUACUUGUUUAUCUCCUGAAUUUAGCCGUUGAGGCGAUUUUUUUUUUUUUUUACUUGUAUAUUUGUUAUAUAUUAGUGUCUUUCAUUGGGAGACAACUUUAUAGAGAGAGAGAGCUGCGAGAAAUGGCGGCGAGUGUUCUGGCGGGGAUUCUGAUUGCGGUGGCGCUGUUGCCGGCUGCUUUGGUGCUGGGCGGUUUUUCAGCGACGCUGAAGCUGGAGAGAGCCUUUCCGGUGGGCCAACGAGUUGAAUUGAGUCAGCUCAGGGCUCGGGACAUGGCCAGGCAUGGAAGAAUGUUGCAGUCUUCUUCCAACGGUGUCAUCGAUUUCCCCGUCGAGGGUACCUACGAUCCGUUCCACGUUGGGCUUUAUUAUACGAUAGUCCAACUGGGUUCUCCUCCAAGAGACUUCCAUGUGCAGAUUGAUACAGGAAGUGAUGUUCUGUGGGUCAGUUGUAGCUCCUGCAGUGGUUGCCCCCAAUCGACUGGGCUCCAAAAAAUUCAGCUCAAUUUCUUUGAUCCUGGGAGCUCAUCAACAGCUUCAUUGGUCUCUUGUUCAGACCGAAGAUGCAGUACUGGACUUCAAUCGUCAGAUGCCAUCUGUUCUGUUCAGAACAAUCAGUGUGCAUACACAUUUCAAUAUGGAGAUGGCAGUGGGACAUCCGGCUAUUAUGUAUCCGACUUAUUGAAUUUCAACACGAUUCUUGGGGGCUCGGUGACCACGAAUUCUUCGGCUCCCAUUGUCUUUGGGUGUAGCAACACACAGACAGGAGACUUGACAAAGUCAGAUAGAGCAGUUGAUGGGAUUUUCGGGUUUGGGCAACAGCAAAUGUCUGUCAUCUCACAACUUUCUUCACAGGGAGUAGCACCAAAUGUAUUCUCCCACUGCUUGAGAGGGGAUGAUGUCGGUGGAGGUAUACUGGUAUUCGGGGAAAUCAUAGAGCCUGGUAUAGUUUACACUCCACUUGUCCCAUCACAGCCUCAUUAUAAUUUGAAUCUGCAGAGCAUUUCUGUCAACGGCCAAAUGUUAUCCAUUGAUCCAGCAGUGUUUGCAACAUCAAGCGGCAAAGGAACCAUAGUUGACUCCGGGACAACUUUGGCAUACCUUGCAGAAGAAGCUUAUGAUCCUUUUGUCAAUGCUAUAACGAAUGCUGUUUCACAAUCUGUGCAACCUGUUAUUUCCAAGGGAAAUCAGUGUUAUUUAGUUACCACCAGUGUCAAUGAUGUAUUUCCCCAAGUUAGCUUAAACUUCGCUGGUGGCGUAUCAAUGAAUCUAAGACCUCAGGACUACCUCUUACAACAAAAUUCAGUUGGUAACUCUGCAGUCUGGUGCUUUGGCUUACAGAAAAUACAGGGUCAAGGGAUAACAAUUUUAGGAGACCUUGUUCUAAAAGACAAAAUAUUUGUUUAUGAUUUGGCUGGUCAACGGAUUGGAUGGGCUAGCUAUGACUGUUCGACGUCAGUAAAUGUCUCUGCAAGUACAAGUGGUCAGAAGGAAUUUGUCAAUCCUGGGGAAGUAAGUGAAAGCAGCUCACUACGGAAGGAGCUAGCAAUAAGCAUGAUUGCUUUCCUAAUGCACAUAUCACUGCUUGGCAGCUUCUUGUUUUUGUAGCAUACAAUGUGAAAGGUGUGACUUCUGAGGCUACCUUUCGUUGCCGGUUUAUAUUUCUAACAAUCGGCAAUGCCUAAUGUUGUUUUACUGUUAGAAUUUAGAUUGUUGCUUUGCAGCACAGUUUGCAGUAGGUUUUGUGGCUGCUGAAUAUUUCUUCAUCAGCCUCCUAGAAUUACACGUUCUUCCUUUGGCAGCAUUUGUAAAUCUCAUUCACACGGAUUAUUGGUUUCAUAGCAGAAUAUUUGAUACACACAAACUUUUCAUUUUUCUUACUUCUGUAACAUAUUCUUUAGAGACAACUUCACUUAUACACCUCCUGAACUAUGAAGCAAUUUUCAAUGUCC